CGCAUUCAACAUGAAGCUGCCAGAGCUAGUUGCUGCAUUCUUUCUCUUCCUAGCAUUGCAUUUAAUGCUCACUGGGAGUGCAGCAGCAACUCAAGUUACACUUUAUGUGCAUAACAAAUGCCCCUUUCCUAUAUGGCCUGCAACAGCCCCUAAUGCUGGCAAUCCUGUAAUAGCUAAUGGUGGAUUCUAUCUUCCCUCAGGCCAGACACAAUGUAUUUACGCCCCAUUGACAUGGAGUGGCCGGAUUUGGGCCAGAACAGGCUGCAAAUUCAAUUCCAAUUGGAAUCCCGCCUGUGAAACUGGUGACUGUGAUGGAAGACUAGCAUGCAAUGGACUUAUAGGCACACCCCCAGUCACACUAGUGCAAGUUGCACUUCAAGAAGAUCAAAGCAAGCCAAGUUUUUAUGAUGUGAGCUUGGUUGAUGGCUAUAACAUCCCCGUUGCAGUCACAACAAGGCAAACAUCACAAAAAUGUACCAUAAGAGGGUGCUUGAAAAAUGUGAACAAGUUGUGCCCACAAGAGCUUGAGGUCUUAAAUAAAAAGGGGGAAGUGGUGGCGUGCAAAAGUGCAUGCUUGGCUUUUGGUGUUGACAAGUUUUGUUGUACGAAUGAGUUUGGGACCCCAGAAAAGUGCAAGCCUACUGUCUACUCAAAAAUCUUUAAGGAUGCUUGUCCUUGUUACUACAGCUAUGCUUUUGACACACCCCCACCAUUGGUAAACUGUGCCUCGAGAGAGUAUGUGAUAACAUUCUGUCCUUCAGGUUGGGGUGAUGCAUACACAUCCAUAUAGAGUUUUUACAUAACUUAUAUCUCUAUGAUUGUCUAAUUUCAAAUUUGAUUAGAAGCUGAUGCUUGUUAUGCAAGGCCUUGCUAUUUAAUACAAUAAAUUGUACCGAGGCUUGGCUGAUGUAUCAUGAGCUCAAGGCCAAAAACUCAAACUAUAUAUAUGUUUUGAAACCUUACUUGCUCUAUUGAAAA